AUGGAUAUUCAACCAUGCGGAUCAAACGAAGCGAUAGCGUACUAUAUCGCAAAGUACUUAUCAAAAGCAGAACCUGAAGGUGUAGAUUCUGGAAUAGCGCAAGCAAUACAGCAAAUUCAACGUGAAGAGUCUGAUAUUUCACCUAUACUGGUUUUAGAUAGAAAGUUCAACAUGUUUCAUAGGUUCAUCAAUUCAAUCUGCACUAGGAAAGAAAUUAAGAAGGAUAAAAGAAUCAAUGAACUGACAGAGAUCAUACAAAAGAGGAUAGCGAUGAAGAAAGCUAAUCAGCCAGGUCAGAACUCGCUUUACCAAAACUUAGAUGAUCCAUCUCCACCUGGGAGAAGGAAACUCUUUGGUAAGAAAUCUCCAGCCAUAUCUUUGAUAGGGCUUGCAAUUGCUAAUUCACUAGGUUCAGCUAAAGCAUGUGAUGAUUUAAUGUUUCUAAAUUCUAAUGGCCAAAUGUUUAGGGAUAAUACCCUUAGUGAGUCAUCAAAUGGAAUGUCAAUAUUCCAUGUCGGAUCUAGUUUAUGCCUGAAAUUUCAGAAUGGCUCCACUGCGUCCAUAACUCUGAAUAAACUCACUAGAAUUGAUUGGGUAUGA